GCUUAGCGCGCACAGGGUACCGAAAUAGCCAAAUUAGUUAACUGUCCGGUAAUACAUAUUAGCAUAUUGUGGAGAGAACGCAACGAAGUGAAAUUCCCCAUUGUUAAUGUUGCUUAGCUCUCAAGUGAAUAAACGAAUAAGCUGCAAAGAUGUCGUCGAGGACGUUACCUCUGCUUUUUAUUAAUCUUGGAGGAGAAAUGCUGUACAUCCUGGAUCAACGUCUGCGAGCACAGAACAUCCCAACCGAUAAAGCCAAGAAAGUCAUGAAUGACAUCAUCACCACCAUGUUCAAUAAGAAGUUCCUGGAGGAGCUGUUUAAGCCCCAGGAGCUGUACUCUAAGAAGGCCCUGAGGACUGUGUUUGACCGCCUGGCCCACGCGUCCAUCAUGAGGCUCAACCAGGCCAGCAUGGACAAGCUCUAUGAUCUGAUGACCAUGGCGUUCAAGUACCAAGUCCUGCUCUGUCCUCGGCCCAAAGACAUUCUGCUGGUGUCCUUCAAUCACAUGGACGCCAUCAAGGACUUUGUGAGGGACGCCCCCAGCAUUCUCAACCAGGUGGAUGAAACGUACAGACAGCUGAUUGAGAUCUACACACCUCUGUCUGGAGGAGAAUUCCAGCUGAUCAGACAAACACUGCUCAUUUUCUUUCAAGACAUGCACAUUCGGGUGUCGAUAUUCCUGAAGGACAAAGUGCAGAACUCCAACGGACGCUUCGUCCUCCCGACCUCUGGGCCCGUUCCGUAUGGGACGCAGGUCCCUGGGUUAAUCAGGAUCUUCAGCUGUAACGGAGAGGAGGUGAAGAGGCUGCAGUUCCACAAUGGGGGCAGCUACUCCAGCGCGCUGCGGGAGGGCUCCUUCGAGCUGUUUGGAGAACGAGUCAUCAAACUGGGUACCAACAUGUACAGCGUGAGUCGGCCAGUUGAGACACACAUGUCAGGAACAGCGAAAAACUCCGCCCAGCACACCAAGGUGAACACAGCCCCUAACCCCCUGGCUAAAGAGGAGCUGAACCUGCUCGCUCGAUUGAUGGGAGGUCUGGAGGUUCAGAAACCAACCAACGCAGACACCGGGUUCCGGGUCAACCUGUUCGCCACCGACGAGGAAGAGGAGGAAGCUUUGAUAUCCAGACCUGCAGAGCUCUCAUACGAAGUCAUAAAUAUCCAAGCAACAAAGGACCAGCAGGCCAGUGCCGAAUUGGCUCGGAUCAUGGGGGAGUUCAAGGAAGAGGGGGCGCCGUCGGAGAGUCCCAGCAGUAAGGGGGAGGACCUUCUGGCCAUGAUGGAUGGACUCUGAGAUGCCACUGACCUGUCCCUGAUUAGUGGAAGAUUGAGGGGCGGGGCCAAGGAACCGUGCCAGGGAUAUCGCUUCGGUUACCCUCACCGCCAAAGCAGGCUGCUAAUCUCACCCACACCAGGAACCCUACCUUAGUCUUUCACAUAGAUUCAUGACGUACUGCUGUGAAAAAGGAUGUGUUAAAUGGAAAAUCUUGAUGGGUUUGUACCAUGCCAAAUCCAGUACAUUGUGGAUUUAACUGUGGAUGCAGAGAGAGAAGUCAUUGACGUAUUUUGAUAUGUCCUGUGUCCAGAAGAAUGCCUGGGUUCGAAUGUGGACACGCAUAGCCAUUAGGUACUUUCCUGUCAUUAUGGGUCUGGUUAACCAUGUACACUCCCAUCAUCAUAGCGGUUCCUGAGAAUGAGUUGUUUUAAACUCCAUUCACCUCACUGCUUACUCCUUCUGGGGCCAAUAUGUGUCUGUAGCAG